CGCAGCGGCGCGGCCUCGCUCGGCACGGCUCGGCUCGGCACCGCACCGGCGCAGCGCGGCUUCGCCGGAGGCACAGCUAUGCGCUGGAUGCCCGGGGAUACGCAGAGACCCCGCCACUGACAGCGGCCGCUCCUGCGCUCCACAUCACGGUUGUCUUGCGGCGGCGGCGGCGGCGGCAGCAGCAGCACGGAGGAGGACCUGGGCAUUAACUAUCUCGACUUGGAGACUUUGCUUUAUUUUUGGUUCUUGUCCUUUCCCCUGGAACCAGUAGGCUCUCUUGAGCUGAUCUUCCUUUAAAAAAAAAAAAAAAAAAAAAAAAAAAAGCGAGAGAGAGGAGGGGGAAGAGCAGCUGGAGUUUCUCCUCAGCUCGUUUUGACUUUUGUGGACGUGGAUCAUCUGGACUGGGAAGGGAAGCCGCACUGCGCUGCUCUCCCCUUUCCCACCCCCUCGCCCCUCCAGCAGCCUGGGCUGCCGGCUCUCCCCCGAGCAGGACGGGAACUUUUAUUUGCAGCUCGCAGCCCGUGGCGAAUGGUGGGAAUCUCCGGUCCGUUGCAGUAAAACAUUGAUCUCUGGGCUGGUGAACAUAAUAUCUGUCCCAGUCAGAAAAAGGGAAGAGGAAAUUAGCAGAGCGAUUGGUGGAGAAUGAUAUCUGUCAAAAGAAACACUUGGAGAGCACUGAGUUUAGUGAUAGGUGACUGCCGGAAAAAAGGGAACUUUGAAUUUUGUCAAGAUCGCACUGAGAAGCAUUCCACAAUGCCAGACUCACCUGUGGAUGUGAAGACACAAUCCAGGCUGACGCCUCCAACCAUGCCACCUCCUCCCACUACCCAAGGAGCUCCAAGAACCAGUUCAUUCACACCCACAACGUUAACCAAUGGCACUAGCCAUUCGCCAACAGCGUUAAAUGGAGCUCCAUCUCCUCCUAAUGGCUUUAGCAAUGGGCCAUCCUCUUCCUCUUCCUCUUCUCUGGCUAACCAGCAGUUACCGCCAGCUUGUGGAGCCAGGCAACUCAGCAAACUGAAGAGAUUUCUUACAACCUUACAACAGUUUGGCAAUGACAUUUCACCAGAGAUUGGGGAGAGAGUGCGUACCCUUGUGCUAGGACUUGUGAAUUCUACUUUGACAAUUGAAGAAUUUCAUUCCAAACUGCAAGAAGCUACUAACUUCCCACUGCGACCUUUUGUCAUCCCAUUUUUAAAGGCCAAUCUGCCCCUGCUGCAGCGGGAGCUGCUGCACUGUGCAAGGCUAGCCAAGCAGAACCCAGCCCAGUACCUCGCCCAGCAUGAACAGCUGCUUCUGGAUGCCAGCACCACCUCACCUGUUGACUCCUCAGAGCUGCUUCUCGAUGUGAACGAAAACGGGAAGAGGCGAACUCCAGACAGAACCAAAGAAAAUGGCUUUGACAGAGAGCCUUUGCACUCAGAGCAUCCAAGCAAGCGGCCCUGCACUAUUAGCCCAGGCCAGCGGUACAGUCCAAAUAAUGGCUUAUCUUAUCAGCCCAAUGGUCUGCCUCAUCCCACCCCACCUCCACCUCAGCAUUAUCGUUUGGAUGAUAUGGCCAUUGCCCACCACUACAGGGACUCAUACAGACACCCCAAUCACAGGGACCUCAGGGACAGAAACAGACCUAUGGGGUUGCAUGGCACACGUCAAGAAGAAAUGAUUGAUCACAGGCUAACAGACAGAGAAUGGGCAGAAGAGUGGAAACACCUUGACCACCUGUUAAACUGCAUAAUGGACAUGGUGGAAAAAACGAGGCGAUCUCUCACUGUCCUACGGCGAUGUCAAGAAGCAGACCGCGAGGAGCUCAACUACUGGAUACGGCGGUACAGCGAUGCUGAGGACUUAAAAAAAGGUGGCAACAGCAGCAGUAGUCAUUCCAGACAGCAGAGCCCAGUGAAUCCAGAUCCAGUUACAUUAGAAUCGCAUCGGGAAUUCCUUCACAGGCCUGCUUCUGGAUACGUGCCAGAGGAGAUCUGGAAGAAAGCUGAGGAAGCUGUCAACGAAGUCAAGCGGCAGGCGAUGGCAGAGCUGCAGAAGGCGGUGUCGGAGGCCGAGCGCAAGGCGCACGACAUGAUCACUUCGGAGAGAGCCAAGAUGGAGCGCACGGUGGCGGAGGCCAAGCGCCAGGCCGCAGAGGACGCCCUGGCUGUUAUCAAUCAGCAGGAGGACUCGAGCGAGAGUUGCUGGAACUGUGGCCGAAAAGCUAGUGAAACCUGCAGUGGUUGCAACACAGCACGAUACUGUGGCUCAUUUUGCCAGCAUAAGGACUGGGAGAAGCACCAUCACAUCUGUGGACAGACCCUCCAAGCCCAGCAGCAAGGAGAGACACCAGCAGUGAGCUCCUCCGUGACUCCCAGCAGCGGGGCCGGGAGCCCCAUCGAUACUCCACCAGCAGCCACUCCUAGGUCCACCACCCCAGGAACCCCAUCCACCAUAGAGGCAACUCCUCGUUAAAACCGAACUCAAAACUCUGAAAGACAAAAACAAAACACAACAGGAAAAAAAAUGAAACCAAUUCCUCAUCCUCAGAUGCUCAAAGAUUUUAGCUGAACUAUCACAUUUCAAUACUUCAAUAAGAAAGAACUUACUGUAUCUUGAGGUGGUAGAAAACACAGAAGGCCAGUAACGGGUCAUAAUGACUUAUUGUGGAUAACAAAGAUAUCUUUUCUUUAGAAAACUGAAAAGAGAACAGAGAAUAUACACAAAAAUGAUAGAUUUGACCUCCUCCCUGUUAUUUUCCAGUAGCUGGGAUUUUAAACUAGAUGACCUCAUUAACAGAUGCUUUACCAAACAGCAAACCAAGAGAUUGCUAAUUGCUGUUGAGAGCAAAAAACAAAAAUGCUAAUAUUAAAAGUCACGCCGUUCUUUGUAACAAUAAUGGAAACAAAAAAGGACAAAAAAAAAUAAAAGGAAUGAAAAAAAAAAAAAAAAAAAGAAAAACCAGGGGAAAAAAAAGAGAGAGAGAGAGGAAAAAAAAAAAACCCCAACCAACAACAAACCCUCAAGGGCAUGAGCAUUGGAUACAGCAGUAGACAUUUUAACAAGAAGAUGAAUGGCGUCCGUGGGUUACUGACUGAACUUUGAAGACCCGCAUCAAAACGCGCAGAUGUGCAGCAGAUUGGAAGGAGACACAGAUGUUCCUUUUUUUUCUUUUUCUUUUUCUUUUUUUUUUUUUCCUCCCCUCUGUUUCUUUAUUUCCCCCCCCCCCCUCUUUAUUUUUUUUCCUGUUUCUGAAAGAAAUAAAACACUACCCAGGUCAACAGAACGCAAGAUGAUUUCGCAGUGAGAUGUAGGACUCCAACAGCAAACUCAAGCAAUUUACUGCCAUAAUGCAAAAGUUUUGUUUGGUUUUGGUUUUCCUCCUUUUAAAUACAGAAAUAAAGGGACACAGCCUGCAGUUAAUUAGCAUCCUGGCGGCUUUGACAUCAGCCAGCUGCUCCAACUAAAACCUUUCAACAUUUCUUCACUCUUUUAUUUUUGCUUGCAAGGUUUCACAGAGUAUGACAAUCGGGUCUAAUUCCAGCUCAUCCAUUUGUUUUGUAUUGGAAAUUAAUAAUAGUGAAUAAAUAUGGUGGCUCCAGCCCCCCCCCCCCCCCCCCCCCCACCUUUUCCAAAAUCUUUUCCACCCCCAUCCCAUCUGGAUUUUUAAUUUAAAAAAAAAAAUGUAAAAAGAAAAAAAAAGGAAAAAAAAUAAAAAAGAAGGAAAAAAAAAGAAGAAUAAAAAAAGAAGAAAAAAAAGAAAGAGAAAAAAGGAAAGAAAAAAAAGAAAGGGGAAAAAAGAAAGGAAAAAAAAAGGGGAAAAAAAGAAAGAGAAAAAUAAAAAAGGAGGAAAAAAGAAAGGGAAAAAAAGAAAGGGAAAAAAAGAAAGGGAAAAAAUAAGAAAGGGGAAAAAAGAAAGGGAAAAAUAAGAAAGGGGAAAAAAAGAAAGGGAAAAAAAGAAAGGGAAAAAAAAAGAAAGGGGGGGAAAAAAGAAAGGAAAAAAAAAAAAAGGAAUUAAAGAAACCCCUCCCCCACCCCACCCCCCUAGUAGUUCUCUUGGUGUUAAAACACUUCUGUCCUGUGAGGUUUCCCAAUGGUGUUUUUCUUGUAAAUGUGUUGGACAAAUGUGAAAGAUGCAUUGUAGUUUAACCAUGCUCACAUUUAGUCUUCUUUAUUCCUAGUUGGUGAGAAACCUGUAUCUUUCUAUGCUGCUUUUCUAUCUGUAUGUAUUAGUGAUAUUUCUCUAGUAGCUUAAAAACAAAAAAAAAAAAAGAAAGAAAAGAAAAAAAAACAACCAACAACAAAACAAUUUUUUUUUUGUUUUAAUUUUGGGUUGUUUGUCCUGAAGAUACAAAAAGACCCAACAAAACAAAACCCUGCUAUCUAUUGGAGCUGCUAUUUCACUCUGUUCUGGACUAUUUUUUUGGGGGGGGAGGGUGGUGGUGGUUUAAAAGCAGAAAUCUAGCAUGCUUCACGGAAUGCUAACCUAUUGGUGUUUUUUGUAAGAGGGAUGUACAUAAAUGUAUUUUGCACUGUCACAA